AAUUUUUUUUUGAGAAUAGGAAAUGAAAAAAUGAUGUGUAAAAUAUGUUAUUCAGAAGAACCAUUAGAUGUGUGGUUAACACCUUGUAAAUGUACAGGGUCAAUUAAAUGGGUCCAUAAAUCUUGUUUAAAUUUUUGGAUGACAAAAGCGCCAUUCCAGCAACAAGUUCGAUGUUCAUUAUGCAGGUUUGGAAUUUUUUAUAAAAAGUUAAACUGGAAAUUGAAAGAAUUGGCGGAAUGGUCUCGACCAAAUAUCAAUUUAAAUUAUAUGGAUAUUGUUCAUAUAAUUUUCGAUGUUACCUGUACAUAUAGACUUAUUCAAGGCGUUCUAAAUGUUGUUAAAGGUCGUUCUUCUUUUGCGCGGCAAUUAUGUAAUUUCUUUUGUUGGAAUACUUUAGUAUUUACAGAAAUACGCAAAAAUUUUUAUUUAACAAUUAUAAGUUCAUUAAUGCAGUCUAUUUUUGAGAUUUCCAUAGAAAAUGUGUAA